CCCCCCGACAAUAUCCCGCUCAUCCCGGUCAUCCCGCCCCGCCGUCAUGGCCCCCAGAUAGCGGCCCGGCCUCACCGACCGCCCGCAGGAUACCUUUGAUCUGUCGUAUGUGGGAAGAACGCUAAGAGAACCAGCUAAAAAUGGGUGUUAAAACAUUCACUCAUAACUCCCCUGCUCACAGUCAGGAGAUGCUGGGGAAGCUGAACAUGCUCCGGAAUGACGGACACUUCUGUGACAUCACCAUCCGCGUCCAGGACAAGAUCUUCAGGGCACACAAGGUGGUUCUGGCAGCCUGCAGUGACUUCUUCCGCUCCAAACUCGUUGGCCAAGCAGAGGAUGAGAGCAAGAGCGUGUUGGACCUGCACCACGUGACGGUGACAGGGUUCAUCCCUCUCCUGGAAUACGCUUACACAGCGACACUAUCCAUUAACACAGAAAACAUUAUCGAUGUGCUGGCCGCCGCCAGCUACAUGCAGAUGUUCAGCGUGGCCAGCACGUGCUCAGAGUUCAUGAAGUCCAGCAUUUUAUGGAAUACACCCAACAGCCAGCAGGAGAAGGUGCUGGAUGCAGGACAGGAGAACAGUGCAAACUGCAAUUUCACUUCCCGAGAUGGCAGCCUGUCUCCCGUCUCCUCUGAGUGCAGUGUAGUGGAAAGAACCAUUCCCGUUUGCCGGGAGUCUCGGAGAAAGCGGAAAAGCUACAUCGUUAUGUCUCCUGAGAGCCCCCUCAAGUGUAACACACAAACCAGUUCCCCCCAAGUGCUCAAUCCUUCAACUUCUUACCCAGAGUCCAGAAAUCAGCCCGUGGACUCGUCCUUAGCUUUUCCCUGGACUUUUCCUUUUGGAAUUGAUCGAAGACUUCAGUCAGAAAAGGUGAAGCAGGGGGAGAACUCUAGGACUUUGGAAAUGCCUGGGCCCUCCGAGUCCAACAGGAGAAUGACGGAUUACGUGACUUGUGAGAGCACGAAAGCCAGUUCUCCCCUGGUGAUCGAGGAAGAUGUGCGUGUCAAAGUGGAAAGGCUGAGUGACGAGGAGGUUCACGAGGAGGUGUCACAGCCUGUGAGCGCAUCCCAGAGCUCCCUGAGUGACCAGCAGACGGUCCCAGGGAGCGAGCAGGUGCAGGAAGAUCUCCUGAUCAGCCCUCAGUCUUCAUCUAUAGGCUCAAUAGAUGAGGGGGUUACAGAGGGAUUGCCCACACUCCAAAGCACCUCUGGCACUAACGCUCAUGCAGACGAUGAUGAUCGUCUGGAGAACGCUCAGUAUCCCUACCAACUCUACAUUGCUCCUUCCACCAGCAGCACAGAGAGGCCCAGCCCAAACGGUCCCGACAGACCCUUUCAGUGUCCCACGUGCGGGGUCCGCUUCACUCGCAUUCAGAACCUAAAACAACACAUGCUUAUCCACUCAGGCAUUAAACCAUUUCAGUGUGACCGCUGUGGGAAAAAGUUCACCCGAGCUUACUCGCUCAAGAUGCAUCGCCUGAAGCACGAAGGUAAACGCUGUUUCCGGUGCCAGAUAUGUAGUGCCACUUUCACUUCCUUCGGGGAAUAUAAACACCACAUGCGCGUUUCCCGGCACAUUAUCCGCAAGCCUCGGAUUUACGAGUGCAAAACAUGUGGCGCCAUGUUCACCAACUCUGGAAAUUUAAUCGUUCACCUGAGGAGCUUGAACCAUGAAGCGUCAGAGCUAGCAAACUACUUCCAGAGCAGUGACUUCCUAGUACCGGACUACUUAAACCAGGAACAAGAGGAGACCCUCGGGCAGUAUGAGCUAGGGGAGCAUGGCUUUGAAAACAACUCUUCUGUCCAAAUGCCUGUCAUUUCACAGGUGUCGUCAACUCAGAAUUGUGAAAGCACUUUCCCCUUGGGGUCUCUGGGUGGGUUGGCAGAGAAGGAAGAAGAUGUGCCAGAGCAGCCAAAGACUAACGCCACUGCUGAGGGAGCCGCGGGUGACCCUCCGAAACCGGAGCUGUCAUCUAUUACUAUCGAAUAAUUCAUGGUUUGGUUUAAUUUUUGUUCUUUGGGAAGUGCCUGUGUUUGGUCCUGUACAUUUUAAUUUAAUUUUUGUAAACAAAAAGUGGGGAUAUUUUCCCCUUAUUACUUUGUAAGCUACGCUUUAAACUGAAAACUGCGACAGAUGUUACAUUAUUUUUCAUGACUGAAUGAUCACUUCUGUGAAAAUAUUUAAGACUGAUUGCACAAAAAAAGAUCGUGUCAGAACAUCAUGGAAGCUGUGAUAUACUUCUAAAGAAGAACAACUGAUUCAGAUCACUUUAACUAUUCUUUCUUCCACAGUUAGAGCAGCUCAUUAAGUUUCUCUUGCUUCUGCAGGCCCUCUGGUUAAGGGAAAGAAAUCAGAGGAAACCUUUUUCAAUGAUAAACAAAAGGAUGCAUUAGAGAUCAUGAUUGAACAGUUGUGACUAGUUUUCAGUGGAUACUUUAAUCUUCUGCAUAAAGAAGUGACACUCCUUAUAUGUGCCUGCUGUUUUUCAAAGCGCUUACUGUGCCCCCGUGCUUGGAAAUGGUGAGUGGUUUUGAAAGGAACAGUCACUUCUUCAAAACACAUGAUCCCUGUCCAUCCCAGAUGAAUGCCAGGUAUUCCUACUUCUUCUAUUCCAGUCCUUUUAGAAACUGCUUGAUCAAAUAGCCUAAACAGAUCUGCCCCGCUAAGGUUAGACAUGGAAAGUCUAAAGGUGCACCAGGAAAUGGGAAUGAUGGAAAAGUGUAUAGCCAUGCAAGCCUGACAAAUACCUGCUGACUGCAUCUGUCUGUAGAUGGGGAACCACAAAGGAAAAUGAAGGUUUUCCUAAACUGAAAUUCUUAAACCAUGGCCAGAUUAUGUUCAUGGGAGGGACUUGCAUUACAGCAGGUCAGGUGGGGCUGGUAUUUGUGAAAAUUAAGACCACGCUAGAAAAUUCGCGGAGAACUAUCUCCCAUGGUAAGGAUCCCACGGCACAGCAGAAGAAAGAAACUCUUUUCCCUAAGUACUGAAGAAAGAUUUCUAGGAAAUGAAAGACUGACCAAAAACCCCAUGUUCUGUCUCCUUGUGCAGUCGGUGGGAAAGAAGGAGGGGCUGGGAAGAAAGUACGUCAUUUUAGUUCAUGGGGUUUAGUCUUUUAAAGAUAAGCUAUUCUAGUUUGGAAGCAAUGGUUCUCUUUAUCUCUGGAAGCAAUGGUCUUCCCUCUCUGUUCGAGUUCCUCACUAGGUUACAGCUUUCCAGCAUCCACUCGCUCAAGUGUGGGCACUUUUCCUCACGGGCUGCGAGUGGAUCUCUGCAUCCCCCCAUGCACUUUAUGAAUUACAGGGAAACAAUUUGUUGUACCAUAGUCCUCACCACGGCUUGCAGAGGAAUCUCAGCUCCAACGCUCAAAGCACUUCUUCCCCCUCCCUCUUUUCACCGACCUCCGUGCUGCCAUGUUGGGUCUCUUCAUGUGUCUUUUCCUUUUCUCUGACUCGGGAGAGGCUUGGUGUCCGUAGGUUCAUUUGUUCUCAAGUUCUAUCAGCUGAAAAGUUUUUAUAGAGUUCUACAACACCGAGAGGGUGAUGCUGUCCGGGCUCUGCACUGCGGAGCUGCUCGCCAUGCCCCUCGCCACUGGCCACGUGGUCCCUGCCAGCACCGCACGAGCCACACCGGCCGCCGGCUCCACACCGCCUCGGCCGCGUGGGCGCUCACGGCACCAGCAUGGGUGGCACGGCCCCGGCUGCCACGCCAGGAAAGGGCCUGGCCGCUGCACCAGGAGGGGCCCUGGCAGCUCCCUUGGUGGGGAGGAUGAAAGAGUUUCCCACACUUUUUUCUUUCUUAAAUAUGUCAGCACAGAGGCGUUUCCAACUGCUCUGAUGGAGCUAGCAACCUGCCCAUCGUCAGAGCCUGCCACCACUGGCUCUGUGCCAGGCACAGUAGAAGCUUCGAGCAGCUUCUCCUGCCCACUAAAAAACUAGACUGCUUUUAAACUAACACAAACCUAAAUUAGGAAGUAUAUUAGGAGAUUUGUGAUUUUUCUUACAGCUUCUGAAGUUAACUCAGUGUUUGGUGCCAAAUGCCCAUGGCCUACAGAUGAUGUGCUGAGUGAGUAGGUAUUGCUUGAUCUCAGUAUUCCAAAGGCAUGAUAUAUUCCCUUAGUUUUGAGUCUUGUUUUUUGUAAAUUUGUUGUUUUCUGAUCAGAUUUGUUUUAUGCAAACAUGAGGGGGAAAUGAAACCAAUAGAGAAAGGUUGCUCCUGAAGAAACAGAAGACACAAAAGUCGUAUUAUAUUGCACAUCAAUUUGUAUUCAGUCAGCCUAGGCAGCUCUGAUACUCCCUGGGUCUGAGUUCUUUCUAUUAAUAGCCAACUUUUGUAAGGAAAAGAGUUUAUUGACCUUUGGAAAGAGUUUAAAGUGUUUCAAUGACUUAAGCAACUUUUCUUUUUUUAGGUAAAACCCACAUAUUUUAGUUAAAUAGAGUGAAAACAGUUGGGAUUUAAGUACUUUCCAAGUUGCUGGAAUGAGGUUUCUCCACCAGAUCCAAAGGGUGUUUUAGAAACAUGCUGCAAAGUUCUGUGCUGCAAUUCAGUCUUGUAUAUCUACCUUUGUGAGGCUUCUUAAAAGGGCUUGAAGGAGAAAUGCUUUUUCUGGGCUGCUGUACUGUGAAAUAGCCCAGUGCCUGUUGAUGAGCUGAAUUUAAAGACCAUUUCUCUUCCACUUCUGAUUUCUCCAACUGAGAAGCCAGUGAGACAAGACAAUGCCUUUUGCUGAGCUUUAUCCUGAAUUAGAGGGCUACAACACUGAACUCAAAGACAGCAUUUUCUUUUUUUCCUGACGUGUUAUGCAGGUAAAUGAGAGUCCUUUGUGAUUCGUGUUCUGAAAAGUGCUUCACCCACAACCACGUUUCCUGACUGCAGAGAUGUAAUAAUCAAAGGUGGUCAGGUAUAGGGUGGUGGACAUAAUUUGAUCAUUAGAAUCUGAUCAUUGUCAUCCCUUAAGUAUUUUCCUAAAGAGUUCAUCUGUGAGAAGGUGCAAAUACUCAAUAGACAUAUCUGGAUAUUGGAUUUUUAAGACUUAAAAUUUUGAGUCGGAAGGCAAAUUGCUUUCAGAAUACCAAAGAGAAGGGGGAAAGUUACAAAGACUUUAUAGCUCUGAUCUGUUCUUCCUUGAAAAGAAGUAAAGAUCAUUAACACCAAGGUACAAGACAAGGCCUGGGGUUCAUUAUUCAUUGCAUUGUGCGUUACACAUUAUCUUUUCAACCUCCUGAUCUCUGGGUAACAUCUUAAUUUAGUUCUCACUUUUCAAUCUGAUUCAACUGGAGGAACAGUAGAGUUCUUGGAGGACUUUGGUUGGUUGGUUGGUCUAGGGUUGAGUUUACUUGUUAAUUUUCCUGUCUGUAAUUGUUUCUCGUUAAUAUCUCUUUUCUCCAUAGAAAUUAAUAUAGUUUAAAUGAAAAUACCAUUUUAUUUCUCCUCUCCAACUUGUUGGAAAUGUUCAGUUCUUUGAAAUGCUGGUGUUCUUCACAAGAGAAAUGUAAAAACACAGGCAUCUUAAAACAAUUUAUGUUGUUAAUGUGCUUGGAUUCCAAAUAAAGCAAGAGAGAUAAAUAGAAAAAACUUGCCUUAAACUACACUUGGGAUUAAACCUAAAACAAAAAUUUCUUUCAGUACAUUAGUAGAGGGUUUUGAAUUCUGGAAUGCAUUUUCUCAUUUCUUCUCCCUGCCCCCCCAAUCCAUUUUUUAGUAUGCAUUUCUAUUUCUGCUUGACAAGAGUCAAGGUUGAUCUGGUUCAGCCCUCAUGCUCAAAGCAGAGUCAGCCACAAGUGGUGUUUCCCACAGCUGGAGUUCAGUUGUCAGGCUCGCAGAGACCACGGUCAAGUCUCUCAUACUGAGAGAUCAGUAGACUCGGUUAUUGAAAAAGGUUCUGGGUUCACAAGGAUUCUGAGUCUAAAAGGUGUGAAUUUAAACUUUUUAAAAAAGUAAUAGCUGCCAAUGCAGUCAAGUAUAUUUUAUAAGACUAUGAUCCCUAUAUGUCCCCUGCGGGAUGAAAUUUUAUUGUUUUUAAGCUAGGGUUUAAAGUUUUUAUAUGAGGGCUUCAGUUGCUUCUUGGUUGCUGGUUCCACCCUGCAGCCCAGGGUGUAGGAGCGCUGAGAUGAGUGCUGGUCUCUCUCUGAGAGAAACCAGGAAGCAUUUUAUAUGCAAAUCCAACGGGAGCUUUGUGCACCCUGCAGGGAUGAGAGAAUUCAGAUGGAGGAGCACCUGCUGCUCCUACAUCCAUUGCAACUUCCACACCAUCAGAAUAUGGAAAACAGCUAAUUUUCAUUCAGGCCGGUUACAUUCGAGUUUUGCUCACAAGGUGAAAUCCAGUUUUGGAGGGUUCUCAUCUCCAACUCUAGACAUAAUAAAUCCCAUAGCAUCGUGAUGGCAGGUAAGAGGGUUCAAGGCCAGACAGUACCUCAGCCACAUCAGAGGUACAUGGUAAAUAGAGUGGGUUCCAAGUGUUGAGGAAAUGUACCAUAAAAGAAACAAAUGUGAAUUUUUUUAGUGCAACAGUACUUACUGCUCCGGGUUUUUGUUCACUCCGUGUGUGCUAGCGCAGUAACUCCGUGUCCCACAGGUCUCAGCUACAAAUCUGAUUGCACUAAAAAAAAGUGGAAUCUGGUGCUGCCAGCCUGUGUGGCAACUGUACCUACAGUCUUCCUGAGGGUUGCUGAAGUCACCAGAAGAGUGAUUUUGUUUCACCAUUCAUUUAGCUGAUGCAUGCUUUUGAUAUUCUGACCUGUAACCCUGGCUACACCGAGUCCUUGGACAGCUUCCUUGCUCUGUUCCUGCAGUGCCUUCACUCGAGGUGCUGCCCUAUGGUGAAACCCCGAAGAGGGAAAAGCGGAAGCUGGAGGAAAAAAAUGUGAAUUAAAUUAUUGUUGGGCUUCUUUGUGCAUUUUUGUAACAGUGAAACCCCCUUAACUGUGCCAGUCUCCAGUCACCAGCCGUAUAUCCAGUCAUCAUCUCAUCCCCAGUACAGCUUCUCUUGUUGAUGCUGGCCACAGCUAGAUUACUUGGCAUGUUUAUUGACCUAACAGAAUUGGUUUUGGGGUUUGGUUUUGUUUUUUAAUGUAUACGAUGUUUAAAUACACUUCACAUUUUAUAUACUAUCUGGCUAUUAGUAUUUUUCAGGAACCAUAGUUCUUGGUGGCUAUAUAUAUUUUUGUGACUUUUUUUGUAAACUAAGUGCCGUUUCAACGUUACAAUCAUUUUUAGAGUUAUUGUAAUCAAUGUGAAUAUCAUGUUUUUUCAAAUCUGUUCUGAGCCUGUAGUGUUUGCUUUGUGAUCAUACGUGUAAUGUAUAUAUUCUGUAUAGUUACAUUGUAUUGAAAUACUAGCUUGUUUGAUAUAAGAAAAGUAUGUAUUGGGUACCUUUUUGCUAGCCUGGUUGUUUAAUCUUUAAAAAAAAAUGUUCCAAAAUACAAAAAAAAAAAAGUCUCCGAACUGGUCCCAUUAUAGGUCAAAAUUAAGGGGGGAGAAAAAACUAGUUUUGAGUGUCUUUGGAUAGAAACAUGAAGCUAAGAUUUUUCAUUAAAAUAUUAAUGUUUUAUGGAGUA